AUGGACGCGCGUGACAUGUCCCGGUCACGUGAACUGUCUCGCGUGAGCCCGUUUCUCACGGUUAACGGCCACAACUGCCACGGAGCCAAAACCAGAUAUGUUGUUGUUACUGAGCAGGGUGGGAGGGGAGGACUGUCAAAUCCUUCAAGAGGCCUGCACGUGCAUCAACAGCCUACAAUGCAACUUUAAAAAAUAAAGUCACCUGCGCAGGCAACACCAUGACGGAGCAAGAACUCUGUUACUAGUCCAUAAAUCUUUGACUAGCGCCCGCUUCCCCAAACAUUCAACUAAAUCUCUAAUUCGGGAUUACGUAAUGCUCCCGUUUGCGCCUGCUCUUUUUUUCUGAGAGAAAUGGUCAUAGCGUUUGCGCAUGCGCCUCACGCCUGUUCCCUUUCAGCUCUCCCCUGCUGGGGAGCUGGAGGACCUUCCCAGAAUGCCCCUGGGUGGCGGCAGGGACCGAUCUUGCUUUGGGUCUCGCUGGCAAGACAGCGCCGCGCGCCUGCGAGCCCCGUCACGAUUAAAUCCCCACCUACCGACCUUCUGCGAAGAGAACUGAUUGGGUAGCGCCGCCGUGCGGCGUUUUUUCCUCUCUCUACGGGUAGGGAGGGAAAGUGAGGGUGAGGAGAGGAAAGUGGAGGAAAGGUGCGCGCGCGCGCUGCUCCUCCUCGUCGUCUACCGUUGCCGCGAAGGGACAUGUGACCGGCGGAAAGCGGGCUCUGAGCAGAACGCGCUGUGGAAGCGGCCUGCUGCUGCUGCUUCCUCCUCCUCCUCCUCUCCCGCCUCUUGUCGCCGCCGCGCGAGGCCUUUCCCUCAGCCCGGCGGAGUUCGCGCGCGCGCGCGCGCGCCACGGAGGCGCCGAAAGGCCCAGAGCCUCCAUGUUGGCUCCGCAGUAGCCGGAGCCCCUUGACCGCGCGACCUGCUCCUCCGUCCAAGCCGCUCGCUCCGAGGCGCCGCCAGGUAAGUUGAGUCGGCUUCGUUCGACGCGCGGGGAAGGAGGCGGCGAGGCCGGCGCUGCGUGUGUGUGUGUGAGGGAGAAAGAGAGAGCGGAAGGGAAACAAAGAGGAAAGCGCCGACGGCCAGGCCUCGUCCGCUUCCCCUCACGGAAGCUGCCCCGGCCUAUUUCCUCGGGGCUCGACGGGGCCUGGUGGCGAAAAGGCCGCCCCCCCCCAAGCACCUCGAGUUGGUCCAGAUCCAGGGGCCUCUGGAAGCUCCGUGGUCGGGCAGCCGGUCAUGCGAUCGGCUUGUCUCGGCCCCAAGCAGGGAAAGAAAGUUUCGCUGCCGGAGGAGGAGGAGGCCAAUCCCGAGGGCUCCUCUCGGUGCGCAGGAGGAAUUUCUCCUCCAGGAGCGAGGCUUUGCUGACGCUUCUCGUCGUAGCCGAAUAGCCAGCCCGUCCCGGGCAGUCCUUUGUUUAACAAUUUCUCUCUCUCCGACACGCACGCACCUCUUGUUUGCGGGCUGGAGGUCACGGCGAGAAGUUGUUAAUCUUUGGCCUCUGGACUCCGCGCAGAGCCCGGAGAGGAGAAGUUUGGCACUUGCGUUUGAAUUUGCUUUUAAAGAUAAACGACACCCCCCCCCCCUUUUUGUGUGUAUGCCGUUUGUGAGAUUACUGAAAGAUGCCUUGUGCAUCGAGCUUAUGGAACAGGCGUAGGCAAACUCCAGCCCUCCAGAUGUUUGGGACUACAAUUUCCAUGAUCUCUAGCUAACAGGACCAGUGGUCAGGGGUGAUGAGAAUUGUAGUCCCUAACAUCUGGAGGGCCGAAGUUUGCCUAUGCCUGGUACUGCCUGGUACGGAAGAUAAUACUUGGGAGGGGAAAGUACAGAGAAUACUAUUAAAUUCCGUUACCUGAAAGAGGUGUUGGAAAGGUGUUUGCAGUGUUUAUGGAUACACGAACUAUCUGGCCAAGGCGAAGAAAAAAGCUAGAGAGAAUUAACUCUUAGUUGUCUAUGGUGGAUGUUUAUUUAAGGUACCAGGAAACUUUCACUUUCUCUUUCCUGGAAUACAAGAAUAAGGAGUUUGCUUCUCAAACCUUUUGUGUAUUUUCUUUUGGAUCGUUUUGAGAGUGUUUUGAAGCAGCCAAGACCUGAUCAUAGGAUCCCUUGACACAUUUGAUGCAAGUUGUGUUUGAUAUUCCGAAUUUCUCUUUGCUGUAGUUGGGUAUGUAAUGACAGUGGUGGUGUCUUCACAUUCAUGAAUGAAAAUGCCUAUUGGGAUGGAUCUUUGUGCGUGUCACAGGCUGUUCUUUUGAACUGAAAUGAUCACAUGAUGUGUGUGUAGUCUGAAGGAUUCUGUAUGUCUCAAACUUCAUUGUCCGAUGCACAAACAAUGUUGAUGCUUUUCUUGCUAUUACUUUUAUCUUGUUGUUGUUGUUAUUAUUUAUUAAAUUUAUAUACUGCCCUUCUUCUGAAGAUCACAGGACAGUUGCAUGUUUGGCUGCUCAGCAGUUUUUAAGGAAAUGUCAGGAUGAUAUGAACAAAACCUAUGAUUUAUGAAUCAUUGUCUUAUUAGGGUUUCAGUUCUCUGCCUAGCAUGCCACAGUAGGGGUGAAAAUUGAGCCCUUCUAAUCAAAUGAGAGGAGAGAGGAGGCUGACCUGGCAGAAGGUGUGUGUCUGUAGGGACAGGUAAGGUGAAGGGCCUGGCCAGCCACAGGUUUCCUGUGCCUGAUCUACUGUCCUGUUAUGGGUUCUGUAACUGAAAGUUGCAUAGCACAUGUCACUCGGGAGCAAUUCAGUGUCAGAAUUUGGAGAUGAGAGAGAUCCUUAAUUUCCUUUGAAGUCUCACAUAUCUGUCUCUCUUAACUAUAUGCUUAAUUGUACAAACUGCUUUCUUUGUGAAGGCAUAGCAAACAGGAGGGAUUGAAUAUCUAUAAAGGUGUCUGGGGACUCUGUCGUAAUGCUGAAGUAGUUGAUUGCCAGAAAACCAUUGGUUAUAAACUGCUAGGAGAUAUCUAAUUACUUCAUAAGGCGCAAAAGCACACAGCUCCUCCCAUGUACACCAAAUCCACAGUUAAGCAGUAUGUUUUGUUUUCAUGGAAAGCAAGGACAGGAAGGGAAGGGAAAGUAUGUAAUUAAAUUCUUAGAAAGUUUGUCUAGAAACGUUCGUAAGUAAUGCAUAGGUAGGAAAUGGGGGGGUUGGCUUUUUUCUGAAAAAAGUGUCAGUAAUCUUUUAAACUUCAUAGCUGGCUCUUUCACUAAAAACUAGUCUUUUCAUUCCUUAGGGCAAAUAUAUGUGUAUUCUUGGUUAAGUCCAGGCUUCCCACUAACUUGUCCUAUUUUCUGCUAUCACAGGAGGGUGGGAUUGUGUGAGAGCCUGAGAGGGUGGCCAGGUGGUGACAUUAUCUGGCCGCUACUUUACCACACUGAGGUGCAAGCUCUUCCCAAUAAACUGUUCGCUGUUCUCCCAAGGGAUGGGGCUUGUGAGGAACCACCCCUUCUACUCUGCUUCUGGGCUUAAGGUUUCCCCAUCAUUCAGAAUGAGGAAUGAGCAAGUAGGAUGUUAGAAAUCUGGGUCCUUGUCCUAUGCCAGGGAUGUCCAACUUCCAAGAGACUGUGAUCUACUCCCACUUUUUUUAAAAAAGGCAGUGAUCUACCCAUUUUUUUGGGGGGGGGAAUCCAUCAGGAUCACAGGAUGCCCCACGAUCGACCGGUAGAUCUCAAUCGACCGGUUGUACAUCCCUGCCCUAUUCCAUGCCCAACUCUGUGUAAGCUGUAGCCAUUAAACUUGUGUCCAUUUUAACCCACAUGUUGUCUCACAGUUGGUCUUACUUUCCCAUAUCACUGCACUCUAUGGACACAGAAAGCAUUCACAUAUAUUAGCAAAAGAUAAUAGGGAGUUUGAUGGCAUUAUUGCAAAGGAGAAUGGGUUGGUGUGAGAGCAGAGUUCUUUAUCCAGCUGCAUUUGCUUGUUGUUUUUGACUUUAGCUGGAGGAAAACAUUUUAAAGUUAUCUAGAGGCAUUUGCAGGACAAAACUGAUAGGCUGGUAAAGGGUUAAGUGCCUUCUUUUCACUUUCUAAUUCGUCAUGUGUUGACACUACAGUGAAAAUAAGGGAUUAGGAAACCCCCCCCCCUUUCCCUUCAAAUGUGCCAUUGAUCACCAAAUUUUUGCAUCUUUGUUUGUUUAUCUUUUGCUAUUUACUUAAAGCUGCAAAUCUGUUAGGAAGUUUGUCUUAUUAAUAGGUUGUUUUUUAUAUAUAUAUAAAGUAUCUUAGAAGAGUAAAUUGUAGCAGGUAGGUGCACUGGAAAACGGAUAUAAUCCAAACAACCUCCAGACUAUGAACAUUCUGAGUUUGCUUGUACUCGGUAGCAAGUAACAUUUUGCUGUUUAUAUACCGGUUGGAAUCUAGAGUUGCUUUAGGAAUGCUCAUUGACUUUUGUAUAAGUAGGAUUUUUUAUUUCUAACAGCAGUCUUUCUCUCCCCCUUCCCCCAUGACCUGGAUCAGAACUCUGGAGGAAGCAGCUAGAGGAAGAAACACAUUUUUUCUUUAGACAUUUAUACCCUAAAACAAAAAGCUUAAAAAAAUGCUCAGCAUGCAUUUCAACAUCAAAAAUUGUUAGCUGUGUGGCCUAUGGUAGGAGGUUCCAUAGCCUGGAUGUUAUUACAGAGAAGGCUCCCACAUAUCCCAUCAGCCAUACUUAGCAGUGGGUCAUGAAGUAGGGUGUCCUUUAUUGAUGGAUGAAGUUUCAACUUCUUAACCCAUAUUCAUUCUGUUAUUGAUUGCAGGGUCCAGUUCUUGCUUGUCAAAAUAUACAGGUUGAAGAGUGA